AUAAGCUCUUCUUCUCCGGUUAGCUUAGUAUGCUGCUUCUCGCCACCAGUUGCCGCUCUCUGGUAGUGUUUUUUUUGGUUCUUCUCGUGUUUUCUUUCCCAUCCGCCGAGGGCUUCUGCCGCUUCUUGCCUCAAUCUUACUCCUCUCCGGGUGUGGUAGUUGUUAUCUGGACUCGUCGCGUAGGUUGCGGUUAUUUGGAGCGUUUGCGGCGAGGUUGUGCUGGCAAGGAUGACGAGGGGUAACCAGCGGGAGAAGGAUCGGGAAAGGGCCGCUGCGAGAGCCAAGACGACCAAAGCGCGAGACGAUGGCUUGACGCCGGAGCAGCGUCGCGAGCGUGACGCUAAGGCUUUGCAGGAGAAAAUGGCGAAGAAGGCAGCCCAAGUGAAUGGGCAAAAACAACCCGCGAAGCAGGCAAUGAAGAAAUAGUUACCGUUAAUGUACAGGGUGAGAGGGACUGGUCUACUCUAUGCUCCUGGUCCCCUAAUUGAUCUGCAAAGAUCGGAGGUUCGACGACUGAUUCCUGCAGAAUAGUUUAGAGUAGAUUAGCAUGUCGUUGGCGCUGAUGGUCUUUGGGAGAAUUGAUGACGGCUGUACACUGUUUUUUGAAUUGUGCAACUGUGUGGUUUUCUGCUUGGUGCUUAUCCCAGAGCAGCCGGAUUUAAAGAUCCUCUGUAUUAUGUCCUGCAUCCUUUCUGCAAUAAACUCAUUGUUUUAGGAAUCAA